AUGAGUGUGAGCACUAACAAUGUCACAAACUUGUGGAAAAAUGGUUCCUCGGAACUGGACGGGACUCCGGGCACGUUCUCACCGGUCAACUUUACCAACAACAGCACCAGCGGGGGAAACCUCACACAGCCCGGCGAGGUUGAUCUCACCCGGGCUAUCCCGCUCGGCUUGGUGCUUGGAGCUUUUAUCUCGUUCGCGAUUGUGGGUAACAUCCUCGUUAUCCUCUCGGUGGUAUGCAACAGGCACCUGCGCACCCCGACCAACUACUUCAUUAUCAACCUUGCCAUCGCAGACCUGCUGCUGGGUACCACAGUGCUGCCGGUGUCUGCCACCCUUGAGAUCCUAGACUACUGGGUGUUCGGGAGGAUUUUUUGUGACAUCUGGGCGGCUGUGGAUGUGCUGUGCUGCACCGCGUCCAUCAUGAGCCUGUGCGUAAUAUCCAUCGACCGCUACAUUGGAGUGAGCCACCCGCUGCAGUACCCAAGCAUCGUGACGGAGAAGCGGGCUCUGCUGGCCAUGCUUGGGGUGUGGGUGCUAUCGGUGGUCAUCUCCAUCGGGCCUCUGUUCGGGUGGAAGCAGCCACCGUCACCGGACGACACGCAGUGUCCCAUCACCGAGGAACCCUUUUACGCACUCUUCUCCUCCCUCGGCUCUUUCUACAUCCCUCUCGUUGUUAUCCUGGCCAUGUACUGCCGGGUGUACAUAGUCGCAAAACGGACCACGAAGAACCUGGAGGCAGGUGUGAUGCGUGAGAGGAUGAACUCCGGGGAGCUGACCCUCAGGAUCCACAAGGGAUCUCAGGUGCAAGAGGAGUCCGGCAGCUCAGGCUCUGCAGCCGGCAAGGGCCGCGCGCACCAAGCCAGGAGUUCCCUUACCGUGAAACUUCUGAAAUUCUCCCGGGAGAAGAAAGCGGCUAAAACUUUGGGAGUUGUGGUUGGCAUGUUUACGCUAUGUUGGCUGCCCUUCUUCCUCGCCUUACCCAUAGGUAGGUCCAAGAGGUCGUACUUUACUUUUCUUAAUGAAACUCAUGCAGAGCCAUUAACGAGAAAUACUACCCUCACGUGUUUUCUUCUCCUCCUAAUCCAUUUUAAAGACUUCAUGACAUUCUAUUAGCUAAUGAAAGAAUAUUCACUCACUUUAAUUUCAGUAUAUGAAGAUAAACAUGAUGCAGUUGAAGGGCUGCUACAGGCCUUAAAUCAUAUCUAUAGCUGGGACUGGGAAAGUCUCCAGGGUACCAUUUGCUGCACCAAUCUGUCACUAAACCUGUGGGUGGGCUUUGAUAUACUGAAGGGGUCAUUUCACACUGCAAGGAUACAAAUAACAUCACCACUUUAUUAUUGCAGCUUUCAAUAUAUGGUGCAACCAGCUGGGAUGAAUCUUUAUUAUUUGUCUCACUCCAAAUCCUUAGUCUCAUUCUUUGAGGCAUUUAUAACACAACUUUAAACAAGCUACACAAUUACACACUACCCACUUCUUUUGCUUCUCACUGCAAUAUCAAAUCAGGAUAGAAGCUGCUGCAUCUGCUGCAACAAUGAGACAAAUCUGUGAUGAGGUGAAAUUUUCCUCAAACUUUUCCAAGAUAUGAUUUGUGUUAUCUUAGCCUCCUUUCUUGAGUCAAAUUUAAUCCGCCAGGUUCAACAAAUCCACUCCAGGAGUGUGCCAAAUGAGGAGUAGCCAGCUUCCUUCUCCUCCUGCCUGUGUGUCCUGCUGGGGCUUUCUGAUGCCACUGAGCAUUCAACACCCCACUGUCAGGGCUAGUUAAGAAACUGCAAAGGAAAUUAAACAUUAUAUGCUGCGGCGAAAUGCUAAUGCCACCAGCUGAGCUUUGUGGAGGAGGUUAAACAUUCAUCCAUGUUGAAGUUUGGAUAAACAGAGCCAGGCCUGUGUCCUUUAUAUCACUGUUAGCUUAAUUUUAUGUGUGUUUGUGUAUGAGGACACUUCUGUGUGCAUACAUUACCAUGUUCAUAUGGGAGUAUGUUUAUGCCUCUGGCUCAACCUGCAGCUCAUCACAUCUUCACAUGGACACUCACACACACAUCACUGACCAGGGCAGGAUCACUAUGCAGUGUCACACAGCGGGACUUGCUCUGCCUGGAGGCGUCACCCAAAGCUAAUAACAAAUGUCAUUUUCCAAAGUUGUGAUUCUCAGAUGUGAGAGGCUUCAGAGGGCCACAUCUGAGGUUCAGGAUGGGCCUGUUUAUGUAGCUCUAAUCAACAAAACUGCCAAGAAACCACCCCCUAAGGCUGCAUUUCUCUGGUGUAGCAUACUGAUAACUCAUGACAAAGCACCUGCGGCUUCAGAGGUGCAUGAUGGGACAGCAUAUAAAACAAGUCUGGUAGUUUUGUGUAGGUGGACAAUGCAUAAUGCAUCCACUAUGUGUAAGAGGGGGACACUGAGCAGCUCUCUCUCUGAGUAUCCAAUUUCUUUAAAGGACUCCGGUGUUCAGAUCUCUUGUGUGACUCCAGUCUGAACUUAAACACUCAGAUCGUGAUCGGGCAGCAUUUUUCUCCCUGAGUGUUCAUUAGCCUCCACCCACAGAGAGGGAUUUCCUGUCUCACACUUGUUAUUACCCUGCUCUUUCCUCGGCGCACUGUCACUGAAUAAAAUGUAUGCUGCGGCUUACUUAUUGGCGGUGUGUGCGCUGCGGUGUCAUUGGAGGCGGGCCAGAGUGUUUUGUUUGUGGGGGGCGGGGCUGAAAAACGUAUGUACAUGUAUGGAAGCAUGGUAACUUGUGUUUUGAGUGAUUGUGUCAGUGUGUUUGCAGCUGCUUCUCUGUCCUCUAUCAACACUGAUGUUUGGAGAAUUAAAGCGCCUGCAGAGAUAAAGCUGCGGCUGUGCUCAAGGGCCGCUGUGACCUUUGACCCCUGUAGUAUCAACUCAUGCAAGCUUGAAGAAAUAUGUGAACCCUCACCUCCAUAGCUGAUCCUACCUGAUCUAAUUUAAAUUCCGCAGAUACCUUGUUUUUGUUUUUGAGUGUAAAAACACAGACUUGGAGUCAGUCUUUUUCAGUGUCUCCUUUUAACUCACAGCAAAGGCAGAUACAUAACCUUCAGCAUUUUAAACAUCACAUCAAAGGUUUGACAUGAGUGUUUCUCCAGGCAAAGCCAAAAAUUUUUCAAAAAUGGUCUGAGUGCUGUACGGCUGUGUUUGCUUGUCACUGACGAUGACUUAUCUCCAUUAAGUCUUUUGGUGAUUGUCUAAAUGGACACUUCAGUGCUUACUGUUUCCUGUUGUAAUCAAAAAUCAAAAACACUGAUAACCACGAAUGCCUGUCAUAAUUUCAUCUUUCAGUAAAACAGUAUAUCCAGUGGCACUGUCACAUGUUAAUCUACACCCACGCUUCUGUUACUUCAGCAUGUUGAGCACACUAACAAUAUUCAGACACUGAACAGGUCAUUGUCAUUUCUAGUACAGGUGGGAAAGUGACCAAUCCUGAAAUGUCUUUCAUGCUAACUGCAUGCUGUGUAUUUUCUCAAAGAGCAGUCCUCAAAAAUUUAGCUCACUAAAGUGCUUUCUCCUUGAUAAUAUUUCUAGACUUACCACUUUUAGAGAAGAAAAGGAUUAGAUAAAAGUCCGAAUGAUGAAUAGCAUCUACAAAAGCAUGGCCUUUCUUUGAAGAAACAGCAGGAAAAGUAGAUCAGACUAACCUUGAAACACAAAAAGCAAACAGACUGCUGUCAUCAGCAUUUAUGCCCACACACAGCUGAAAAUGAAAUACAGGAACAAAAAUGUAUGGAAAAGUGCAUGUAAACAUAAAGCUAGGGCUGCAACUAAUUUCUUUUAAUCAUUGAUAUGUAUAUUUAUUGAUUUCCUAAAGAUCGAUUGUCAGAAUAAGUUAUGAAAUGCUCAAGGUGCUGCUUCUUGCUGUCUUUUUUACAUUUAUUGAACAGUUAGAAACUCAGAAAAAAAUCAUUUGAACCAAUCAAUAAUUAAAACUAUUGGUUAAUUCUUCUUUUUAUGGACUUCUGAUUAAUUUUUUAACCUUUUUAGUCCUACAUAAAAGGAAACAGACACAACAAAGUAUGUUUUGCUUACCCUGAUGAGAUACUUAAUUGCACAACCAUCCUCUGACUCUACAGUAUCCCCUCUAUAAUGAAUGGCACACAUGAAAAUAUAAACAUUACAGCACUGACUGAAAGUGUGGGAAUUUUUUUUAGCACUCAGAGCUGGAGAGUCUUCGUUUGGGUCUUUUCAAUGAGAUUUUUCUCUUGUUCUCCACUCCAGACUCUGAGGAAGAGAAAUCACCGGUCCCUGGGGGAUGCUUGUUUUUUCACUGCCCACAUUGUCCCCUGUCUCUUUAACACCCAGUGCAGGCAUUCAUGUCCUGUGAAGGCCUCACAUUUAGAAACUGGUGCAAGUACUGAGCCCAUGUGUGAGAGAAACCAACACUUUGAGGUGUUAACCGUUUUUUUUCCCGUUGUUUGUAAAAGUGUUCUAGGAGGAGAAACUGUGUCUUGUGUGCGCAGAUCACACAUGUGAGAUUUAAUUUGUUUUUAGUAGCAUGAGCUGUCCGGCUCCUGUGCUCAGGGAAUAAUUAAGAUGUUGUUUCUUUUGAAAGGGAAACGUAAUGACAGUGCUAAGUGUUUGAGCGAUGACGGCUAAAGGAGGUGGCAGUGCUGGACAGGAGGGGCCACAGGGCAGAGGGGGUGAAAGUGGGGGGGCCCUGAGAUGUCAACCCUAUUUUUCCAAAAAGAGCUUCAUGAUUUAGUUGUAUUGAAAGCAAUCUGCGGGAGCAAUAACACCUCUGUCCUCUCAGAUCAGGAUAAAUUAAUCAUAUUUAUGGGUGUGUUAUGAAACAGGAUGUGUGAGGUUUCAGGGAACAGACCGUGUGUGUGUGUGUGUGUGUGUGUGUGUGUGUGUGUGUGUGUGUGUGUGUGUGUGUGUGUGUGUGUGUGUGUGUGUGUGUGUGUGCGUCUGUGCGUGUGUGUGUGUGCAUGCGCGACAUGGCACUGAGUAGCCAUCACCUCUUACAAUUAGUGAGAAUAACAGGAUGCCUUGUUUUGUCAAGACGUUCCUGUGUUUCAUGGUGAGAUGUGUGUGCGUUUAUGUGUGUAUUUGUGUAUGUAUGUUGGUGUGUGUCUGUCCGGAGGAAGGAGGUGCCACACUUUUUUUUUUUAAAAGAUGGACCGACAACACUUGUAGUCCUGUCAUGGUUAUCUUUAUACUAUUGUCUAACAAUUAAGCCCCAGCAUCCCCUGCUGUUUGGACUGCACCCUUUCAACAUAAACACUCUUCAAGGUACAUAAAUGAACCAUGUCCGCACCAGAGCUAAACACUCAGACAUGUGCCGUUUCUGGCUGCUAGGUCUAUUGUUAACCAUGUUUCUUUCUGUUUCCUGCACUAUUAUCCUCAGUUUGUGUAGAAAGGACGUACAAUAACAAGGUGGCAGCCCCCCACCCUUUGGUCCUAAUUGCAGCCUGCAUACUGGCUCUUCUUGGGAGCCAACCAGACCCAAACAGCUGUGUCUGCCUCAAAUAGACUGGUAAUAAAAUAAAAGGCAAAUAAAUAUCAAGCAAUAUCAAACUUCCAAUUAUUGAUUUGACCAAGCAAGAGACUAUAAUGCUGUCUCAUCCAUUCUUUAAGACAAACAAAAAGUGCAUCAUAUGAUAUUAUUUCAUGUAGCACCACAUCACAUAACAUCAUAUCAUACUGUAGGGCAUUGCAUCACCUCUUGUUAUAUCAUAUCUUGUUGUAUCCUAUAACACAUUGCAUCAUAUUGGAUCAUCUUGCAUUUGAUUGUAGCAUAUCACAUAUCGCUUUUCAGUUUAUGAUAUGUUAUUUGAUGUUUAGCAUCAUGUCAAAUAUUAUUGUGUCCAUAGACUGUAUAUAGAAUGGACACUGUCUGCCUCCUCACUGGGUGAAGCCACUUCCAAAACAGCACCCUCUGUUGACGGGCUGCAGUAUAGGUCAUAAAUCUCGCCUCCGCCAGCAAAGCUUAUGGAGCUGGGGACAAACUUUAGAAAUUUAUUACACAGAAUAUAAUUUUUUUUCCCCCCUGGUUGUGAUGUUGACAUGUAGUUAUUGUAAGACUAGUUUGUGCUCAAGUCCUCUUUUUUCUGUACAACUCCGUUUUUAAAAGUUAAUAGGGGGUUCAUGUUUUCUAUGAUUGACACUUAACAGCCUCUGGGCUUAUGAAAAUUGCGUAGCUCACCUGGGGGAUACGCUGUUUGAGCCGGGUGUCAUCACAGCGACUCUCCCGCCGAAUGCGUACAGCGUUACUGUGCAAUGUUGGUUUAAGGAAGUGGAGAAAAAAAAAGCAGAAUUACCAAGAGCUUUUUGGCUUUAAAUCCGUAUACAGGCAGAAGGCGAAACCAAGUUGUCCAUAGUAUAUACAGUCUAUGGUUGCGUCAUAUCAUUCAUUGUAUCUCAUCCUAUUGCAUCAUAUUGUAUGGCAUAGCAUUGCAUUAUUUUAAGUGGCAGAACUAGGAGGUGGCCGGGCGUGACACCCUGAAAUCCUAAGCCAUGAUUGGCUGGAGUUUAAAUGAAAUAUUUAGGUUGUUUUGGGUUGUUGUAGUUUCUUUUUAUUUUAUUGUAGAGCAUUUGCUUUUAAGUACUUUGAAUAGGAGCUUUGGACAAACAUUUUCGUAAGUCCUUAAAGAAUUAAGUCACAUAAAUGAAAGAGCUGUCUCUGUUGAGUUAGCUUUUAUUUUUUUUAAAUUUUUUUAAAGGAAUUUAACAUUUUUAAACUUCUUUUAUAGUAAAAGUCUGAUAAAUAUGGAUUAUCCUCCUAGGUUUGGGGUAAGCCCCAGAUGUUUACAACCCCUGGCCACCCUUACAGAAAUCAGUGGCUUGGUUCGGCUAAACCCAGCACAAAAUGUCUGGCUUAGUCCACUGUAUUAUUCCACAUCACAUCAUUUUAUAUGAUAUUGCAUUUCAUGUUGUAUUGCAUUGCAUGGCAUGACGAGAAAUCUCAUCACAUUGUACAGAACAACAUCACAUCGGUUUUUUAACAGUUGAUUCGUUGACCAUUAUUGAGACAAACAUAUCUCUCAAUCAGCCAUUAGAGAAAAAAGAGAGGACAAAAGAGGCUCAGAUUUGUGCAGAAUUUUCAUUGCAUGACUCUAAACUCGAGAAAAAUGUGUAUAAUCAAAAUUGGCUUUUACAGAAAUACGUAGAACAUUCCCUCUGGGAAAAUUCGAAAGGGCCACAUAGGCUCCUGCGGAGAUGUGUACAUAAUGAUGAGAUUCUUCAGAGAUGUUGAAUGUACUAAUGUACUAAUACUAAAACCAUUGUGAUAUUAUAUACAAGGAACACACCUACAACACACAUCCCCUUUUCAAGUAUUUAUUUAUUAAAAUGAAAAACUGAAACCAGGAUCAGUAGAGGUUUGAAAAACUCCAAUAAUAGCCUUUUUUAUAGCUUGUCCUGUUGACUUCAGUGCAAAAGUUUUCAGCAGUUUUUUGCAACUUAUGUCACAAAAAAAUUCAUUUACAAUAGAGAAAAGUAUUAGCACACAUAUCCUGAUCAUACAGCAUGUUUUGAUAAAUUAUUUGUUCUACAAAUCUUUAGACUGUAUGACUAGUGACAAAUCAAAAUUUGUCAAUAAGAGGAAGAAGAAAAAACCCACAGUAUAACAAUAGACUAUACUUUGGCUUAGGGGCCAGUGCCUCGGUGGCAAUAAUUAAAAUAAUGUUUAAAAAGUAACUUCGUACAUGCAAUUAUUAAGCCUGCUAUGGAAAUUUUAAGUGGUAAAUAGUGAAUUGCUGAUGCCUUCUAUGAAUUUUUGUCUGUCACCAGGUUGUACUCUCACUGCAUGUUGCGUAUUGUUUCAUUUUGUUUAAUCUGCUUGUCCCUUUUUAUCAUAUGCUUGACCACAAACACUGAGAAAAUCAGACUUCUGAUGCUGUGUAGUUGACAGAUUAGGCAACCAAAGAGAAACAGGAAGAGAAAUGACAGAUUGACCAAUUUUAAUUCUUCUCCACCACAAACUGUAUCCCAAUCACAGACAUAGCUUUCUGCGUUAUGUAAUCUCAUUUAAGAGGCUGUCAAGGCACAAAAAAUAGCAUGUGAAAAUACCAGCCAGUAAGACCAGAUCCAUUCAUCUGGGGUACAGAAGGCCAAGACACAGACUUUAUCUCUUCUUCUCACAGCACACACACACACGCACGCACGCACGCACGCACGCACGCACGCACGCACGCACACAAACACAGCGUCUGUUGCUGCUAUUUAGGAGACAUCCAGUUAAAUGAAAGUUGGAAGUGACAUUUCAGUUUGCACAACCACGAUCAGUCCGGUUAGUAACCUGUCUGGAGCACUCUGUGUGGGUGGUUGUCUGUGUGUGUGUGUGUGUGUGUGUGUGUGUGUGUGUGUGUGUGUGUGUGUGUGUGUGUGUGUGUGUGUGUGUGUGUGUGUGUGUGUGUGUGUGUGUGUGUGUUGUUGAUAUGCACAGGUGUCUCUAGCAGAAAACCAAAGCAUUUUGAGUUGUUUUGUGACUAUUUUCAGCUCAUUAAUUGGACACAACUCCCCCUGGGCUGUAAUCAUUGUUUUGAGCCAAUGAUACAUUUCCCCCCGUGGCUGAAAACAUGUAAUGUGCCUUGUACAGCUUAAAAUAAUUGUUAAAACUGUUGAUCCGAUAUUCAUGAAGAAGCAGACUGAGGUGUCUGUCUAUCUGCCUCUAAUAUCUUAGCAGAGGUAAUUUCACACUUGACAGCCUGAGAUUAUGGAGCAUCCUUGGUCUCUCCAGGAAUGUGAUAUUAAUUUAAGACUGUGGGUUGGGUGUAAAGAAACAGCUUUGCUCACAUCUGCCCACACACACAUUUACACAAAGUCUGUCUUUUCUUCCACACUAAUCUCACACUUGCCGUGCUUAUUAAUUCCCUGUUUUUAUCUCCAGGCUUCCCCCUCUCACCUCAUUAGCUUGCAAGAUAUUCUUCCUCUAUUAAAGCAGGAGGAGAAAAGGUAGCCCCAGGGUAAAUUAAAGCAGUUUAACACGGGCCAAAGUCACACAUUAGCAUACUUAACGAACCUCCUUAGGAAGCCUUUGUAAAGUUGCUGUUCCCAUCAUUAGGACCGGGGUCUGACAAGUGAUAACUUACCUCCAUGAAUGCUCACAUACGGUAUGUACCCGCAACUUCAGCCUGGGAGUAGUACUUUGUUUGGACGACUCUCUUAGACACAAAUGCAGGUAUAUAUAUUUUUUUAAAAGGGAAAGAUUGUUGAGGAUGUCUAACCUCUGUAACCUCAUGGAGAAAAGGUGCCAUUUCAUUUCACCUUAUAUAUCUACCAGUUCGUAGAAGCGUGCCUCUCUUGCACAGCUUAUUUCUAUGAAAUGGAGUUCAGGGUCAACCCACAUGAUCUGUGUUUUCAUAGUCCUUCAGAGAUAAACUGGGGCAGAGCGGCUGCAUGGGCUUUUAAAAGCAAACACAGAUCUAUAUUUAUUGAUAUAUAACGUGCAGAAUUGGCUGCCCUCUCUGGUCUGUGUCUCUCUCGCUUCAAACCUUGUCUGCAGACAGGUUCAUUGAAAAGCUCUGUUUUCUUAUCAAAGCUGCCACCUGCUGGUUAAAAUUUUACCUGCAACUAAGAAAAACAUUUAAUGUAACUGCUCUACUCACAAUAAAACGUAUCUUUGGCCUGCUGCACAGGCAGAUUGUACAUAGGCAUCAUGUGACAACACACGCUAUUAAUACUGCUUCCUCAUUAUUGGAUCCUUUUUUUGUUGUUUUUGUUGCUGCUCAGUUGAGCCACAGCCUUAGACUUAUUUCACCACACAGGGGGAUUUUAUUUUUUGGGGGAUUCUGACUGCAGGAGAUUUAAGGGAAACUUAAGUAUAACCCUUGUAAUAUAUCGGGUGUUUUUAUACUCAAACAAGCCUUUAUCCAUGUUUUUUCAUGGUUUCUCCAUCCAUUAAACUAAAAUAUAUCAUGCUUGUGUUUGAUACGUUAUACUCCUCAAAAUUCUGCACAACAUCUUUGGUAUUUUGGUAACUUUAUCCUGAUAAGGAGCUGUAAUACUUGAGUGUGUGUUCCCAUUAAGAAAGAUUAACUUGAAGAAUUGACAUUUGGUAUGUAAAGCAAUCAUGUUUGUUAUGUGCAGUGGGGCCCUUUACCUUAGCCUGGUAUUCACUUCGUUCACAGGGGCUAUUUUUAUCGUGGAUGUUGCUGGUGCUAAAACUAAAUCUGACAAAUUGUUAAUAUUUCACUGCUUCCAAUUGACAACAAACAAGCUAUUAUUAGACAGCAAGUAAUAUUGGUGUCUGCCAUGCCCCCUGGCUAAACCUCCUGCCCUGGCUGUGAGGACAACAGCUGAGGAUGAAUUUAAAAUAUUGAACAGACUGAAUGCACGGUUAAGCCUUGCUCACUUCUGUUACAGCACAUAACUCCCUUGAAAUUAACAGUCUUUUUUAUGUUUCUGCUUCUUUCUACUUCUGUGUGAAAAAAAUGAGAUCCAACCUCUUGGCUGGAGGUGCUGGUAGAAGAGAUGCAACAAGUGCCAAAUCUUAAUAUCAGUAAAUGAAUCAGUCUUCUGUCUUCUCUACAAAUGAUUUGUUUUUGGAUUAUAAAUUGCUGUAUAUAAAAGGAACAUAUGAAUCAAGCUGAAGUCAGUGUCUUGUCUUAUAUACCACUGACAAAUUAUCAGCUUGUCGUUAUAGUGGAUUAAAGAAACCAGCAAGUAUUCACACUUUGAAAGACUAUAAUAGGAAAGCUUUGCGCCUCUUUAGUAGGUGCAUAACUGUAGCCUGUCACAGCUCUAGUAUUUUACAUUUCUGUACUUUGGUGAAGGCCAUAUUUGCUAUAUGCCCAUGCUAAUUCUUGAAGCUUAUGCAGCUAAUCACGUUAGUUUGGCUAUAACCCAUAGACAUUACAGAGGAAAUGAUCUUCUCGUCUAACUACAGACAAAAUAAAUAAACAAAUAAAAACAUCUCCCAAAAGUAAUAGUUUUUUUUUAAAGCUCAAUGAGAAUGGCUAAUUAUGAACAGUGUGCAUGGAUUAUACCAAGGUACUGUUUGGGCAUUUGAUGGGUUGACCUAAGGUUCUGGUGCUAAGUUAUGGCCCACAUAUAAUUGAUUUGACAAUGUCUCUCUGUCUCUUCUCCGUUGUUUCCAGGGUCUUUUAAUGUGAAUUUGCGCCUACCUGAUAUCCUCUUCAAAGUGAUCUUCUGGCUGGGCUACUUCAACAGCUGCUUGAACCCCAUCAUCUACCCCUGCUACAACCGUGAGUUCAAGCUGGCCUUCAUUCGCAUCCUAAGAUGCCAGUGUCAUCAGCGUAAACGGAGAGCCUACAACUACCGCUCCUCUAACUUCAGCUCCUCUGGAAACUCCCGCAAAGGCUCAGCGGAUCACAAUUCCAGCUGCUUGAACGGAAGCCAGCGUACUCUGCCUUCAUCAGCUAGUCCUAGCCCCAGCUACCUGAGCCACGGUCUCCCACCUUGUCCUGAAGGGGAAACAUUAUAUAUCUGGGGGGGUACCACCCCAACUCCUUCCACUCCUAGCCUGUUGCCUGGCAGCCCUGGAGAGUGCCCACAUGGGUCUCUGAGAGGGGAGUCAAGAGGAGGGACACCAACUGAGGGAACUGGGAGGGUAACAAUAACAGAGACAAAGCAGGGAUCAGCAAAGACAGCAAUGUGCCUGUCGACAAGGUGUGACAUGUUCACUUCUUAA